UGAAUUUUGUUCUGGACAGGCCAAUACGCCAUGUUCACUGCCUUCAUUAACCCUGGUGAUGAAGUCAUCAUGUUCGAACCAUUCUUCGACCAGUACUUGCCCUCCGUGGUCUUCCAUGGCGGCAAGUGUGUCUACGUGCCCCUUCACCCCGACCUCUCCAAGCCUAAACUUACCAGUGACGACUGGAAGAUCAACUUUGAGGAAUUGCGGUAUGUUCAUUGAUCAAGUUGUGACUGCUGUCUAACUCGCUUUUCUUUUCUAGCUCAGCGAUCACUCCCCGCACUAGAAUGAUCGUGAUUAAUACUCCUCACAACCCUGUUGGUAAAGUAUUCACCAAGGAAGAGCUGCUGGGAAUUGCAGCUCUUGCUGAGGAGUUCAACCUCGUCGUCCAGUCUGACGAAGUGGUUAGUCGCGCUCCCUGAUCAUCUUCUGAAUCACUCAGCUGACU